CCAUCCAAAACGUGUAUAUACCCAAGAGUACUACAUUACCCAUAAUUCCUUCAGGUUUGAGCGGAAGUUAAUCGUGACUUAAAACUCAGGGUAACUCAUGCAAGCAUGGCGAAUAAAGAGCCUAACAGGCUGCUCCAGAACCUAAAGGAUCUCGCCGGACGCAUGUCCUCUGGCUCAAAGGGUGCUGGACUUGGUCUGAAGUUGUUAAUUGGAGCAGGUGCACUUGCUUAUGGAGUCAAAUAGGCCACAUAUACAGUUGUUCAUGAGUCCUGCGUUGGUCCUUAGCAGUUCAUCUGCCUGCUGUCCUUCAGAAAAAUCCUCCAGCUUUUCCAAAAUCCUCCACCUUUUCCAAAAGUUACUGUAUGAUUUUGGGAAACAUCUUUUCACACUGAGGACAACUGAGGGACUCAUACGCAAAUAUUACAGAAGUGGAGGGCGGUCAGCGUGCAAUUAUCUUUAAUAGAAUUGGAGGGAUGCAGAUGGAUACAGUCCUCUCUGAGGGUCUCCACUUCAGGAUACCAUGGUUUCAAUAUCCAAUCAUAUAUGAUAUCAGAGCGAAACCAAGAAAAAUAUCCUCUUUAACAGGAAGCAAAGACCUGCAGAUGGUGAACAUCGCAUUGCGUGUGCUGUCUGUGGCUUCCAACCUUACUGUCUUGUACCAGCAUCUGGGAAAGGACUACGAUGAGCGCGUGCUGCCUUCCAUUGUAAAUGAAGUUCUGAAGAGUGUGGUCGCCAAAUUUAACGCAUCCCAACUAAUUACACAAAGAGCCCAGGUCUCUCUGCUCAUCCGACGGGAGCUCUUUGAACGCGCUAAGGACUUCAACAUUAUUCUGGAUGACGUGGCUAUCACAGAGUUGAGCUUCAGCAAGGAGUACACAGCAGCUGUGGAGGCCAAACAAGUUGCCCAGCAGGAGGCGCAAAGAGCUCAGUUCUUUGUGGAGAAAGCAAAACAAGAACAGAGGCAGAAAAUCAUCCAAGCUGAAGGAGAGGCCCAGGCAGCCAAAAUGUUGGGGAAAGCCGUCACAAAGAACCCUGGAUACCUUAAACUUAGAAGAAUCAGAGCAGCGCAGAACAUCGCCAAAACGGUAGCGGCUUCACAGAACAGGGUUUUCCUGAGCGCAGAUAGUUUGGUUCUGAAUCUACAGGACGACUCUUUUAACAAUUUGUCUCUCGGAAAGAAGUAACCCAUUCAGAAGCAAGUCUCAUUCCAGUUGUCAGAGGCUAUAUUACAAGUAACGUAUGUGUGUCCUUUGAGAUGGCAUUUUCUGAUUGAGUCACAAAUGAAUAUGUCAGUCGGGGGAAGACUCAUUCAAUAUCUAAUGGUGUAGUCCUGGUUGGUCAAUUAAAUUUGACUCGACAAAUUUUAAAAAAGAUAUUGCCGUUUGUGUUCAU